AGUGAGUUCAAUAUGGCGGCGGUUCCUGUUCUGAACCUUGUUACGAUGUCAUCGCGUUUUACUCGGUGGUGAGAUUUUUUCUUAAACAUUGGCGCUCAGAGGGCAUAGAGGUCUCCCACCUAGAUUUUAAAUAUUUAUUAUUAGUUUAGCUCUAUGCAAUGGAGUCAGCACCCGCGGAGAGUGGGAACGAAACAUCAGUUUUGACAUCGCAAGAUAGGAACGUCGUUGUUAACGGCGAGCUUUCGACUUCUUGCGACGCAAAAGGAGAAAUUCACGAUCCUGAUCAGGGACAAAAAACUUACAGUGCCAAGAAGGUUACAGAUCUAAACGGCGUCACGAUCCGCACUCAAUCAUGUCCAGGCACAUCGGCAAGCGAGAACCAUGUAACCUUAGGUCACUCCGAUCAGUCAAACUGUGACCCUUCAACGACGAACAUGUCAACUCCCGAGAAAAAAGAAUCUUCCGAACAGGCUGGAACUUCAGAUACUUCUGAAAAAAGUAUAAAUUUAACUUACGUUGGUUAUGAGUCUGAACUUCAAAUGGAGGCUAUCAUGGCCCUUAUAACGAAGGACCUUUCGGAACCAUACUCCAUCUACACCUAUCGUUAUUUCAUUCAUAACUGGCCCAAGCUGUGCUUUUUGGCCAUGGAUGGCAAGAGGUGUGUUGGUGCUGUCGUGUGCAAGCUUGACAUGCACAAGAACAUGAUUCGCAGAGGAUACAUAGCAAUGUUAGCUGUUGAGAAAGAAUACAGACGACAUAAAAUAGGUUCAAAUCUUGUGGUAAGGGCCAUCAAGGCAAUGAUUGAGGACAGCUGUGAUGAGGUUGUUCUUGAGACUGAAGUGAGCAACACAGCAGCUCUUCGACUCUAUGAAAACCUGGGGUUUGUUCGAGAUAAAAGGUUGUUUAGGUACUACCUUAAUGGAGUUGACGCACUUAGGCUGAAACUGUGGCUCAGAUGAGCAAAUGUUUUAUCAACAAAAAUCUAUUCUACAAAUGAAGUUCUUGUGGGUCAUGUCACAUUAAGUACUGUCUAUUUUGUGAGUGAAUUCCUUGUGUAAAAACCGUGUCAAAGUAAAUUAACAGUAGUACUUUCAUUGUGGAAUUUUUCAAUAAGACAAUUCGUGUAAUACGCAUGGUAAAAUAAACAGCAACUCAAUGCCAUUAUUUUAUUUAUUUAUGUUGACUUUUAUUGGCUUUUAGCCAUGAAAAUUAAAAAUGAUAGCGUACACAGGCUGUUUUUGGAUUGGGAAUAAUGUUAUGUACAUACACUUGCUACCUGGCCUGACUACCUGUAGAUUGUGACCAGGAUGUUGCACUGGAUUAAUCAUGCACAGGGGCGUAGCCAGGAUUUUUAUAAAAAGGGGGUCACACUGUAUCAAAGUGAGGGUACUCACCAUGGCCAAGGUAUCAUCAUGGCAUUUGCGCCACCUGUUGUAGGUUGUUUGCUCAAAAAGGGUUACAAAAGGGGGGCUCACGGGCACCCUGGGACCCCCCUAGCUACGCCCUUGAUGUAACUAAUUGAGGUAAAGAGUGGUACCUUACAAGUCUAACUAAAACUCCCUUGGUGUGUGCAAGUCACAGUUCUUAUUUUGUCAAAGUGAAAAUAAGCUUACAGGCUGUUGAAUACUACCCCCCCCCUCCCCUGCAAAAAAAACAAAAAACAUUCAACAUGCUGAAAACCUGUUACCUAACCUACAAUUUAAUUUAAAGGUGACCUCAAAUAAAAACAGUUUCAAGGUGACCAUCAAACAGAAAUUUUUUUAUAAAGAAGUUAUCACCGUUUAUAUCAUAACUUUUCAGAAUCAAGACUUGACAUCAGGGUUUGUCAUUUACACUUUCUUUCCAGCUCAAGGGUAAUGAAAUAGACUUGAAACUGGGGUGCUGUAUGUAUAUUUCCCAGUGCUACUACUGGUUGAGAUAUGACACGUCUUGCUCACUUAUUUGACUGUGACCCGUGUGUCUGUCACACCAUUAAGGACUAGUAGUUUUAUGUUCUUACCCCUGGCCAGUGGUUGACCCAAUAGACAUCUAUGCCAGGUAGUAAGUGGUGCAAAAUUGAUAUACCUUUGUGGAUGAAAAUGCUGUUUCUAGCAGUAUUAAUUAUUUUGUCCUUUCACUAUUAGAUUCAAAGUAGGGACAUAACAUGUAGUUACAUAAACAUCUGCUGAUUCCCAUCUUGCAAUGUUUCCAAACCAAUAACAAGACAAUAGGUACUCCAAGCUCUUGACUUGAUAAGUUAAAAGUGUAUGAACAAAGAUGCAAAUUCCUUUCAUUACUUGACAUCUUUUCUUGUAUCUCAUAAAUGCAAAAAUAGCGAGCAGGGAGGUGUUGUGGGUUUCUCCAUUUCUCCAAUCAUGAUUUUUGUGAUUCUAGAUUCCCAGCUCUCCACCUGAUGGAACAAGAGAGACUAUGCUGUCCCUCAUCUAUUGUUAUCUACAUACAUACAUUUUAGGGGGUCAGGAGCUUGGGCUUUCCAAGAAAAGUUUGGUUGUUACAGAGUGUGAGGGUUGUAAAGUUUACACGACACUUGCCAGCACCUACAUUUAUGAUGCACAAGAUGUCCAAAUGUGUUAUUUCUUUGUUUGAUACAAGAAAGAAAAAAGAUAUAUUCACCACAGAGACUGCAAGCAGUCUCCCUUUUGCUCGAAAAUCUGUGGGGAAGAACACAAGACAAGUGAGCAGUCGUGCAUGUGAGCGUGAUAUGCAAAGCCGUGAACCCCAAGUAGUGCUUGCCGCUCAUAUGUCACGCCCACACGUUCACUUGUUUUGCAUCAUUGGUCACAGAUUCUUAAGCAAGAGACUGCUUGCUGACUGCCUGCAGUCUUUUCACCACAGAGCUUUAGCCAGUAGGAAACAAAAUGAAUUUAUGGCUAAUGGCCAACUAUAAUAUAAUUUUGUAAAUAUAUUUUUACAAAGACAAGUGGAUGUUGUAAAAACAAUGUAUGAUUUGUAAAUUGUCUGUCAAAUAGUGUUAUGUGAAAAUAAUCAACUUGUUGUGAGAAAAUGGUCAUGUGAUUUACUAUCACAAGCUUAAUUCCUCAGGGGCUAGGUUGCAAAGAGCAGACACAGGAUUCUUUAUUAGUAAUAUAAACCUUGUUUUUUGCAA